AAGAAGUAAAUCAUUUUUUAACAAUACCAAUACUAAAGUAAAUCAAUGAGCUAUUUUAAUGUCAUUAAAAAAAAAAAAUAGAAAAGAGAAUUUCAUGCUAAAAACAAACUAACCCCAAAGAGAACACUUGCAGAGGCACUUGCAUUUGAACCUAUACUUCUUGAUGAACUCAUAUUCUUACAACAUAAAUUAUAUAACCAUUUAACAAAAUAAUUUGUGAAUUUUUUCACUUCAUUGGAGAAUAUAAUUUUUCAAAUAUUUAAAUAACAAUUUUAGACAUGCAAGUUGCAUGAGAAAAAGACUUGCAAGUUGCUGAAAUUCCAGUGGCUGUGGGUUAUUCUAGUAUAGUGGGUCAUUCUAACAAUUUAAAUAACAAUUUUUUCACUUCUAGUGCUGUGGGUCAUUCUAGACUUGCAAGUUGCAUAAAAAAAAAAUAUACAUACAUCAGGGAAAGAAAAUGAAGGAGAGUUCAAGAAAGAGGAAGAAGAAUCGAAUCAAACAAAGAGAAAAUCAAAGGGGAGAAUCGAAUAAAAAAAAGGGAAAAAAAAGGACAGAUUCGUUUUUUGCUAAGUAAGAAAAAAAAAAUGAAAGAAAGAGGAAGAAGAAUCGAAGAAAAAUAAACCAAAAAAACAGAGGAUCGAUUGUUCGUUUGUUGCGAAGAAAGACAAAAAAAAUCUUAAAAAAAUGAAAGAAAGAGGAAGAAGAAUCGAAGAAGAAGAGGAGGAAGAAUCGAAGAAAAACUCACUAGAUUGUGUUCUUCAAAGGAGAGAAUCAGCACCUUCUUGGAGUCGAUCGUUUUCUCUCUUCUUGAGCCGACUGUAGUUUGGUUUUUGGAUCGAACUGGUCCAAUAGUUAACCGCCGUUGGGAUUUUCGACGGAAACCCAUUUCUCCCAAGGGCAAGGUUGUAAUUUCAACACCCCCAUACCCAUUUUCCCUAAUUCUGCAACUGAUAUAUAGAUAUAUAUACGUAAUAUAUUACGUAUGUACGUUGAGAGCAAGACGAAGAAGAUGAGAGAAAUAAAAUGGAAUCAAUCUGUUGCCAAUGUGGGUUGAGGGCUCGAGUAUGCACAUCUUGGACUAAGAAUAAUCCCUCAAGAAGGUUUCUGGGUUGUCCCCGUUAUGGAAGUAAGGGUGCUUGUGGGUUCUUCAUGUGGGUUGAUCCUCCUGCUGGUACUCGAGUUCAAGAGGUGAUUAAUGGAUUACUUAGAAGAAUUGUGGUCAUUGAAGACCAGGUCCGAUUGCAUAGAGGAAGAGAAAGGAAGCUGCUGAUCUUUGUAGUGAUGUUAUGGAUAUUUUUCUUGUGGUGCUACCUCACAACAGAGCAAGAUGGAGAAAUUGCUGGUAGCAACAAUGACAAUGAUUCGACAUAAUGGGAAUAAGAAUUGUAGAUGUAGGUGUUUCAUGUUUUAAUGUUUUGAAUUUGGAUUGUGUUAGUUUUGUAAACAAUGCUAGAAUAGCAUAUGCAAUGAUAACCAUCUGUAAUGUUGUCUGAAUAGCUGAAAUGAAAUGGGUUUUGU